UACGUCACCAGAUGUUUAGCGGCGUAAAACAACAAGAGACAAACCAGCUCCCCUCCCUCGCUCUCCAGGAAGUGGACGACUAGGAGUCUAAAGUCCUUAUAUCUGCGCAUGUGCGAGCCAUCGCUCCGAGGCGGGUGAGGUUGCUUCGUCCGCCCGUCGUUUUUUUCGCAGCCGAUGCUGAGGAACGUCCCCUUCCAAAUCUUAGCAGGUGUGCUGAUCCCCCUUUGCGCCCUUUAUAUCUCUGGGCUCUACAAAGCAGGUGUCACACCAGGCUUUUCACACAGUGCUCUUCUUGGUCAACUAGAUAUCUUCUUUGCACCAUCCCUGUCUCCAGCAAGCGGGAUGGCUGUCCCCACACCAGAAGAGCUGAAGACUGCCCGAGAGAGCUUUCAGGGGAAAAAUGCCACCUGUUUCAUCUUGGGUGCCUCAGGCGAAACAGGGAAAGAACUGCUGGCUGAGAUCUUGCGACAGAAGCUGUUCUCUCGAGUGACACUUAUCGGCCGCCGGGCGCUGGAUUUGAAAGAACCACUUUACGCCAAUGUGUCUCAGGAAAUAGUGGACUUUGAGAAACUGGACGAAUCUGCUGCUGCCUUCCAAGGCCAUGACGUCGGAUUCUGCUGUCUAGGAACGACCAGGGCCAAAGCUGGAGCGGAUGGAUUUGUACGUGUUGACCGGGACUAUGUGGAGCAUUCCGCAAAGCUAGCCAAAGCAGGUGGCUGCCGCCAUUUUGUCCUACAGUCAACUAAGGGGGCAGAUAGCUCCAGCAGCUUCUUGUAUCUCCGGGUUAAGGGGGAAGCUGAGGCCAGAGUCCAAACAGUUGGGUUUGACCGUUACUCCAUAUUUAGACCAGCGGUACUUCUGUGUGAUCGCCGAGAAUUUCGGCCUGCUGAGUGGAUAUCCAGGAAAAUCUUAGGAGUGGUAGCACUCGUCUCCCCCACUGCUAUGUCGGUCCCCACAGUGACAGUGGCCCGGGCCAUGGUGAACAAUGUGGUGAUGCCGGCAAAAGAAGGGCAGAAGGUGGAGGUGCUGGAAAAUGCAGCAAUUCAUGCCCUUGGGGGUAUAAAAUAGUUGGCGUGGAUGGCGUACUGAUGGAGGGUGCUUCGUGAAUUGCCAUGCCUGAUCUCCCCUCUUUUCCCCUUCCCCGAGAAGGCAUCUCUCAAGCCAUAUAGAUUUUCCUUCGUUGUUAUACAAUAGGACCCCCAUAUCCGUGGGAUUGGCAUCUACAAUUCCAUUUAUCAGUGGUCUGAAAAUACUAAAAGAAAAAGCUUAGAAAUACAGUGGUGCCUCGCUUAACGAUGUUAAUUGGUUCCAGCGA